CACAUCGAUCGAAUCUGUGUGAACCUUGAAGUUGAGAGAUAGCAUAUCCCUCUUUAAAAGCUAUGGCUUCCUGUUUCAAAGAGUCAUCGGCAGCUGAAAUUUCAUUGGAAUAGUCUGAUUUAGUACUUUGUUAUCUGAAUCCUUCAGAAAAAUGGACCAAGGGAUACUUCUCAAACCUAACGUUUCUGAGCAGUUUGCUAUCGAUUUAGCUCUCCGUUUAUAUGGAUUGAAAGUAACAGAAAUCAAAAGAAUGGUCAGCUUUGAUGAUCAAAAUUUUCACAUUAAGGUAGCAAAGGAAUAUCAGAAUCCUUAUAUAUCACAACUGUGUGAAGAUGGAUACACCCUUAAGAUUACUAAUACAAUGAAAAGUUCUUUACAAGGUCAUUUUGAUUCCAUGCACGCAGCGAUGUUGCACAUGAGUCAGAAAAAUGUGCGCACUCCCGUACCUGUACGCAAUUUAGACGGCAACACAUGGAGACUGGAAAAAGUCCCUCUACUGAAUGAAGAUGUGAAUAUUCCCGGACCCAAACUGUGCGGCGUACAUUUGCUUACAUUUAUUACUGGCGUGCCUAUAUCAACUCUGGAAUAUACGGCUGAUCUUUUGUACCAGUGGGGACAGCUACUGGCUACAUUUCAUAACGCAGUAACGGAUUUCGAUUACCCCUCGUUACAUAAUAAAGAAAUUUUCUGGAAUUUGGAACACAUUCCCGUAAUUAAGAAAUACAUGGAGGGUAUGGAGGAGCAUCGCCAGAAGUUAGUUUUGAGUGUUUUGGACAAAUAUCCUACUGAAAUUGAAGACAAUUUAGACAAACUUCCAAAAGGGUUUAUUCAUGGAGAUAUGAAUGAAAAUAACGUCAUUGUGCAAGUUAGUGCCAGCGGAGAUGGGAAAAAGUUUUCUGUUGAUGGCGUACUGGAUUAUGAAGAUAUACAUUACGGGACAUAUGCAUGGGAUUUAGGCUUAAUGCUGGCUUACACAAUGCUGGACUGCAAGUCAAUUGAUCCAUUAGAUGGUGCAGGGCAUACAUUGGCUGGAUAUUUGAGUCUCAGAUCUUUAUCUUCUUUGGAACUGUCGAUAUUAAAAAUGUGCAUUCAGUGCCGACUUUGCCAAUCUUUGGUGUUAUGUGCUCAUAGUUAUCGAAAAGAUCCGAGCAAUUCCUAUCUUUUAACAUCAUCUAAGAACGGAUGGAACAGACUAGAACAAAUAUGCAGUAUCAGUAAUGAAGACCUUUUACUGAAGUGGAAGAAAAUUCUAGACAAUUACAAUUCUAAUAACUUGUAAAUAUUAUAAGUUUCAAUAAAUUUUUUAUACGUUUUA